CUUAUUUUUUGCUUGUCUGUCUUCGAUUCUUGGUCUUCGAAUGCAGGCUGCGGAGAUCAAUCCAACGGUCGCCACGCCAGUGUCGCAGCAGCUGCAGCAGUCGCGCACUGCGACAUCCAACCAGCAGCAGCGGGAGUCAGGGGAGUCGGCGGGCACUGCGGGAUCCAACCAGCAGCAGCGAGCCAAGCAGCAGAACGCACGCGACGCGAUCGACCCCUCUGCCACCGCGACAACGACGACGGCCAGCGCGAGUGGUGCAGCGUCACGCGUUGUGCAGGGCAGCAGUGAGAAGCCCCCCAGGCUGGACGGUCAGAGUGCAGCGCAUGCCGCCCUUCGCACGUCAUCGGCUGCCAAGCCGGGCGUUUCGCAAGGGAUCUCUGCUGAGUGGGAUGCAAAGGCUGGUCGCUCAGAACCCAAACACUCAGAACUCAAACGCUCAGAACUCAAACUCUCAGAACCCGUAUGACGUGUAACUCACAGCAUCAUGGGUGUUUCUCUUUGUCGGUAUAGUACUAUUGGUCUGCACUUGGGUUGAUCACUGUCAUUUCACUGGCGACGCGCUUGUUCAUGCUCAGCGAGCCCCAUUUUGUCAUCUUUGACGAGGUGCAUUUCGGCAAGUUUGCCAGCUACUACUUGCGACGCGAAUACUUUUUCGAUGUGCAUCCGCCGAUUGGCAAGAUGCUGCUGGCGCUUGUGGGCUACCUUUCUGGCAAUGACGGUUCUUAUCUGUUUGAAAAUCUUGGCGCGGAUUAUCUCGUGGACAAUGUGCCAUACCUGCCGCUUCGAGCAUUCUGCGCGGUGCUCGGGGCGUUGAUUGCCCCUGCAUCGUUCGUCACGCUGUCGGCAUUUGGCUACUCUGUUGUCACCUCGACCCUGGCUGGACUGCUUGUCGUCCUAGACGUGGGUCUCCUCACCCAGUCACGCUACAUUCUCCUCGACUCGAUGCUGCUGUUUUUCACGAUCGCUGCCUUUGCAUCGCUGGCACAGUUCAUUUCCAAGCGUGAAAGCCCUUUCACGAGUGGAUGGAUUUUCUGGCUGGCCAGCACGGGCGUGUUUCUUGGGUUUGCCGUUGGCAUCAAGUACGUCGGAAUCUUUGUCAUUGCAGCCGUCGGCCUGUACACAAUUUACGAUCUUUGGACGCUGCUUGGAGAUUUGAGCGUGCCCAUUCUGGGUGCAGGGUCUGACGAUCGGCCGACAUUUAUUGAACACUUUGCAAUUCGGGCUGUCUUUUUGAUUAUCGUGCCGAUCGCCAUUUUCCUUGCAGGAUUUGCCAUUCAUUUUGCCGUCCUCACGCAAUCAGGGCCUGGCGAUGCCUUCAUGAGCCUGGCCUUCCAGGCUGGGCUUCAAGGAAGCUCCAUUCAGAAUCUGACGCGCACUCACCCUAAAACAAUCUACUAUGGCGCCUACGUCACGAUCAAGUCUCAAGCGCACAAUUGCUACAUUCACUCGCAUCUUCAUCGCUACCCAUUGCAUUAUCCGACCGGUCGAGUCAGUUCGGCGCAGCAGCAGGUGACUUGUUACGCGCACAAGGACGCCAACAACUGGUGGAUUAUUUUACGCGAACAGGACACCGACGCCUCUCAGUACAAGGAGUUGAUGCCUGUCAGGCAUGGCGAUCGUAUCAAGCUGGUGCAUGCGACGUCAAACACAACUCUCAACUCGCACGACGUGGCUGGCCCGGUCAACGCCAUCCUUCAAGAAGUCUCGACGUUCAAUGCUGCGGUGGAUACGGUGACUCCGUACCCGGUUUUCCGCAUCGACACAAACUACAGCCCGAUCUUGUGGUCUACCCUCGGCUUGGGCGGAACUCCUGAGUGGGAAUCGAUGCUUCCAUUCCGACUGCAUCACGAAAACACGAGUGCAACCCUCCAGACGAAGGGCGAAGCCCUCCCAGAAUGGGGAUUUGGUCAAGGCGAAGUAACGACGGCGGUGACUGGCGUAAGCAUCGCUGACAGCUCGUUUGUCGUCGAGGAAAUUGAGGAUCAUAUUUUCCGGCAUUCGGACGCGACAAACCCCAUCCGCGCGCGCUUGGGAUUCUUGCAGAGCUUUAUCGAAUUGCAGACCGAAAUGUUUGCCGCCAACAACCGCUUGACGGACAACCACGCCUACCAAUCGCGCCCGAGCGAAUGGCCCCUGCUCCACCGUGGCAUCUCGUUCUGGCAGGGCGAUCAACGCCAGGUCUAUCUGAUUGGCAAUCCCGUCAUCUGGUGGUCUGCCACUGCUGCCAUUUUGCUGCUUGCUGUUGCGGAUGUCGUCUUGUUGAUUCGAGAGCGUCGAGCAGUGUAUGAUUUGGCUCCAGCAACUCGUUUCCGAAUGGUUGUGUGCGGUCGAAUGCUGCUUUUGGCUUGGGCUCUGCACUACGUGCCGUUCAUGACGUUCGCCCGCCAGCUGUUCCUGCACCACUAUCUGCCGGCCCUCAUGUUCAAAAUCAUGAUUCUGGCCAUUGUUCUUGAGCAUGGCGUGGAGUUUGUCGUGGGGCUUGCUGCCAAGCUAUUUGGCCCGUCCGUUCGAUCCUCCGGCCGUGUUGCACUUCUCAUGGUGGCGUCUACGACCACAGCAGUUGCAAUCCGGUACUUUUUGUUGCUUGCUCCUCUCGCGUAUGGCAUGUACCAGGCGCGAAGCGACGUGGAAGCCAUCAAACUACGGAAAUCGUGGGAUUUGAAAUUGUAGUUGAAGGAGGGUUUGUUGUGCUUUUGUUUUUCAAAGGGCUUGUCUUGCAUUCUGAGUUGCUUUGUUAUGUUUGAAGGAUUUUGAUGAGAGCUCACAUGUGAUUAGGACUUGUUCCAUUUCUUUUAACGAGGGAAUGGGAAUUGGUCGAUUGUUCGGUUGAAUCAAAUUCUUCGAUUCCGUGAGAGCCAGAGUUCCCGCCGAUGAAUAUGUAACCCCGAUCGAUCAAGCCAUGAGCGUGAAUCGAGAUCUCAAGUUGGAGCUGCAUUCCAGCGAAAUUGCUUACUCAAUGUCGCUAAGCAGCCCGACUGGAAGACUCGAUUGGCCCCACCCUCCAAACCCACAGCUUAGACACGAUAGCAACCCGCACAUGGAUGGGUGUCUUGUUGCUAGCGACCGUGGGAAUUGAACUUUGACCUUGCUCUGCUGCGCCGCGGCUGCUCUUCCCUCCCAUACUCCAGCGCCUCUGUUUCCAUUGGCUCCAAGCGUACAUACAUCUGUAAAAUCACUCAUGGGCAACAUGGUGCGCGCAGCGUGAAGAAGCGAGAUGACACUUUGAGGUUUGGACCUUGACACCGAUUUUUCACACCUAAAAUCUGGAUGCGAUUUGUUUGCGGACGUUAAUUUUUCGCAGCGCAGUCCUCAUUUUUGU